UGUGCUGCGCUGUAAUAUUCUAUGUUCUAAAUAAGCCAGAAGAGGGGCUAUUUCAAUGGGUUGAACUGUAAUUAUCUAAAAUGGAAAGAAUGAGAUUUCUAGUAGUCUGUCAGGAAUAGAAACUAGGAGCAGCAGUAGGCCAUUAAGCCCUUUGAUCCUUCUCCACCAUUCAGACCCUUGAUCUAAGUGUCAAAUUCCAGUUUUCUCCCCAUACACCUUGAUGCCUUUUAAAAUCUAUAAAAUUAACUAUUUCUUCAUCGAAGAUAUUCAGUAACUUGGCUUCCACAGCCACCUGUGGUAGAGAGUUUCACAGGUUCACCACCCUCUGAGUGAAAUGUUUCCUUCUCUUAGUCCUAAAUGGUCUACCCUAUAUCCUGAGACUGUGUUCCCUGGUUUUAGAUACACCAAUGAGGGAAAACAUCUGCAUCUUGUCUAUCAAGUUCUAUCAGAAUUUUAAGCAUUUGAAAUAUCUGUUCUCAUCCCUGUAAACUCUAGCGAAUACAGACCCAAUUGAACCAAUCUCUUAUGUAUUAUAAUUGAGAGAAGCCAGGAAUUGCAGCAAUGAGAGUCAUAACUCAGUCCAUUAUAAAAAUGUACUUGUGAACUAUAAAUAUAUCCUUUUGAACUGUGGCGGACUUUAUGAUUUUUCUAAGUCACAUAUCAGAAACUGGGAUAUUAGUCUGAGUUAGUGAGUGCCUUGAAUAUAUUUGAAAUAUCUAAGUUGCAUUGCAAAAGUUACCUUCCAAACCAGUAAACAAACAACCGUAUGAAAAUGAUCCAAUCACACCACCCAUCGAGAAAAUGGCGAUAGCCAGAGAUCAAACUGAGGUGAAGCAUUUACAGAUUGACAGGUUAAUUCUAACAUUGUAACCAGGUAUAAUUAAACAUCUCAAUAACCUUCUGGAGAAUGUGAUGCUUAACUGAUGUUUUCUUUUUUCUUGGAUUGCUGAGACAUUUUUUUCAAACAAUUCCAUUUUGAAAUCCAAAUCCCAAAAUUUACACGUUUCAGCACAUCUUGAAUACUGGAAGAUUUAUCACUAAGCGAAAAGUACUGGGAGCAGAGAACAAUGGUAGGGUAGAGGAGAUUGUUGAAAGAGGGUGGGGUGAGACUGUAUACAGAUUUGUUUCAUUGAAUUUUGUGCACUGAGAUUUGAGAAGCCAGAGGCAUUUGGCUGGUGCAGGAGUGAUUGAUGUUGUGGAAUUUAAGCAAGUACUGGGUUGGGCAAUGAAAGUUUCUUCUUUUUCUUUCCUUCUGAUGUCAGGGGGUUGUUCUAGCUGGCAAAGGAUUAAGAAGCAUUCUGUUCUUUACCUUCUAAUUGUAAUGUUCCAAAUUGACUGAAAGGAGGUGCUAAGAGAGCGAAUCUCUGUCUUAAGUUUUCAUAUUCUAAAGAAAUGUUAGAUGUUGUUGAACUCUUCUCUACAGUAGUUAGCUGAGAUGAACUACAACCAAGGUACUCCCCUAUUUUUCAAAAGACUCACUAAGAUGUUGAACCUCGAGAAUACUUUGGUCUUGGUCUUGGUUCAGGCAAUCUGUGUAUUCAUCUAUCUGGCUAUAAAAUUUGAGAAUCAAUGAUAGAGUGCAGUUUCAAGUCCACAAAGUUUACUUCCUAUUGUCAGUGAUUCUUUCUUCCACACUGACUGCAGGGUCACUGAGUACAAAAAAUGGACCAAUCAUACACCUCCAAGGAUAAAUGCAGUAGUUCAGAGCAGUCUUUUCACUGGAAUUGGCAGGAGUUGCCUGAUGCUACAAGUAGCAUAACCUAUACUUGCAGAAUGGAAAAUAAGACUCAGCAUAAGAAAAAUAGGAGUGGAGCACAAUGAAAGAUGGGAGGUCAUGAACUGAAUGGCAGAUCAUGUUCUGAAAUUGUGAUGAAAGAUGGGUUGGGUUACAGAAAUAAUUAGAUGGAUGCAGUUUUUGAGUCUCAUUGCAUAUCCCAAGCAAUCUUUAACUCCAACCAAUCAGAAAAAAUUAGUUACCUCCAGCCAUUUGACUUGGGCUUGAUAAUAGUGUGUCCAGAAAUUAAUCGCAGCAUUCAAAAUUGAGCAUUUUAAUGUAAAAACAAACUUAUCUGUACUAUACUUUUCCUAGACAUCAAGUUUCAUAUUCUCUCCAAAUAUUUUCUAGGUGAUGUAGUUAAUGACAGCCAUGCUGAGGUGACUGCAAGACGUGGGUUCCUUAGCUGUGGGUUACAGUAGUAUUUGCAGAGAAAGUGGAACCAAAGAAAUUAUGCGUAGAUGGACUAUUGGUUGGCAAUAGAAGCUAAUUGGUAUUUAUAUUAUCAAUUGAAAGAGGCGUUUGAAGAGAGAAAUAGCAUCUUGAUUGCAGGAAAAUGCAAAGGAAAAUGGCAAAUUAAGUCAGGAAUUUCUUUUGUGUUUUUCAUGAGUCACACUCCAUGUGGUGAUGCAUCCAUUAUCCCAAAGGCAGAAUGUGAGAUCAGACCUUCUCCAAACCUGAGAGCAAAGGAAAUUGGUGAACAGAGAAGUAUCACUGUUCAAGAUAACGAAAAUACUAAAAAUACACAAUUCUUAAAUAUUGAAGAGCACACACUAGUCACAAAACGAAAGUGUGAUGAAAGUGCCAUGGAGGUUCCUGUUAAAAGAGUAAAAAGGAUUAAUGGAAGUGAAGACUGUACAUCUGGCUGUAGCAGUAUUCCUGAAAAAAAACCCAGUCAUCCAUCUGCAGAAGGAAGAAUUGAUGUCAGGAUAAACAAUAAUACAGCGCACGUAACACAUACGAACAGUCUUGAGAAUGUAUCUCACAACAUGGCUGCAAUGGAUGCAGAUGAGACCAGACACAUGCAAAUCACUGUUUCAGACAUAUAUCGAACUGGAGCUAAAUGUGUACCAGGGGGUCUUCAAGAUCCCUUUGAACCUGGAAUUAAUUACCACUGCGUAGGAUCAUUGAGGGUGAAGCCAGGUAGAGGUGACAGGACAUUAUCAAUGUCCUGCAGUGAUAAACUUGCUCGUUGGAACAUCCUUGGCUGUCAAGGAGCACUGCUCAUUCAUUUCUUUGAGGAACCUGUGUAUUUCUCUUCUAUUGUAGUCGGACAGUGUCCAUACAGUGAAAAGACAAUGAAGAGAGCUAUAUUGGAUAGAUGUCGCCACAUUACCUCACUCCCAAAAGACUUCAGAGUUCAAGAUGUAAUGCUACUCCAGUCACAGUUGGAGUUUGUGCAUGGUCGCCACUCAGUACAAAGCAGCUCUGUCCCCAAUAAAGAUAAAUUUGUACCUUGUGCUGCAGCAAUAAGUUGGUGUGCUGUUCCACAUCAGCCAUUGGAUGUCUGUGUAAAUGGCUUUAAACAAGGAGCAACAAAAAAGAUUCAUGGAACACCACAGGCAAGGUGUAAAAUUUGCAAGGCAGAGCUCUUCAAUGAAUUCAGAGACCUGCUGAACUAUCUUUCCGAAGAAGGCCGUCCAAUAUCCCUUCAAAAUAAAACAUUAAAAACCUACUGGGAAUUCAAGGAAGCUGCAACAAAUUAUCAGCAAGCGUGGAAUGAAAUACAGAAGCAGGCAUUUGUUACUUGGGUGCGAACCCCAAGGGACCUUAUGCAAUUUCAGUAGAGAUGCAGCAGCAAAGUAAUGUAGCAGAAAUAAUUAAAGUCAGCUCUGUCUGGAUGAUUAUACGUAGAUCUCAAUAGAUCCAAAUUUCAGAUUUUUUAACAAAAAAAUUGUCAGUUAACAUGAAGUGGAUUAAAUGUAUAUAGUAAAUAUUAUUUUUAGUUACUAGACUUUAAUGUUGCUAAACCUGGAUUUCUAUAUCUGUCUGCACAGACUUGAGUAGUAACUGAAAUUUAUAAUAUAAUUAGAUGAGAUACACUCAGCAAGCAAUAAGGUAUUAAUUAAGUUUGAUGUAAAAUGGAGAAGCAUCAUCAUUUUUCUAACCGCCUGACCAUGACAUUUUUUCUAGUAUCAAAUUUAGGAAGGUUUUUCUUUGACAUGGCUAAUGUAUUCUACAAUUGUCUUUUACUCACUUCGAAUUCUGCUCCAAGUUCUAUUAAAGAAGAUUUAUAGAAUUGCUUGCAAAAAGAAUGAAAUGAAAUUAAAAUGUGUGUCAUUGUAAAUUUAUUGAUAGUAGCUUGAUUGCUGGUAAAUCACUCAGAAAAGCUGACAUUGUCUUUACCAAAUCAGAAAAGACCUUCAUUUAAUGCAAUAUUUUGUGCUGAAUUUUGUAAAGGCUGUAGAAACAGAUCUGAAGGUAGGGGAGCCAGAAUAUUUGUGCUGCAGCAUAGUGUGCUGGCUGACUAUUAUGAAACCAUUUUGACUUCUGUGGGAGUGUGGCCUACUCAGUAGUAACAGGGAACCAGUUAAGGAGGCAUUUCAUGAGGUACUGAAAUCGUAGCAAAGGUACGCAGAUUUCACACUGCCAGCAAGUGAUACAGCUAUACAGUAAGGUAACCCUUAAAUGAAAUGGCAGAAAUUUAGAAUUUUGAGAAAAAAAGAAUUAGACAAUUCAGAAUAUGCAAAUAAGCAAGGAACCAUAUAAAGCAGCAUGUACGCCACAACCAUUUAGUGGUGUAAGAAUGCAGAUGUUGCGGUGGCUAUGAGUAAUGUGUGCUGAAUCCCUAGAGUAGAUCUCUCUGUUGAACUGUCCUGUAAUGUGUGUACAUCUAUGUUGAAGGUGUUGAGGCAUGUCCCUUAUCCGAUGUGCUGUGUCUGUACUCUUAACAUUGACAUGUUGCCUCAGUGCUACACUACCAGCCAUAGAAUAGAUAUCAUGAAGAUAAUUCAGUAACAGGUAGUCUUCUGCAAAUUACUGCCAGUUGAUGCACAUUGACUUCCAGCAGGAUUGUGACUGAGAAACAGUCACAAUGUUAGCAUGCUAAUUGGAUCAACAAAAUUCAGCCCUUCAUGUCCUCAGGACAAUCCAAAAUGCUAAUAAAGUACUUUGGAAAUGAAAGGAUUGUUAUUGGAAAAGAUUAACUAUCUGAAAACAAAAAAUACUCAGCAAGUCUGGCAGAAAUUAUGGAGAAAGAACAAAAGUUAAUUUGUCAAGACAAUGGCUUUUCAUGAGAUUAGCUUUUUAUGAAAUAUGGACUUUAAAUCUUCCUUGAUGAAGAAAUUUGCCUUCAUUGAACACUAAUGACACUCACUAUUGUACAAACUUCAAAUACUCACUGAUAUGCAUCUCAAAUAGACAAAAAGUAUCCAUAUUGUUAACAUCUAAAUGCAAGUAUGAUACUCACUACUUAAAUCUAUGAUGCUACAUUCUAUAUAUGACAAAGCAUUUGGAAAUGUUGUAAUCCUAACCAAUUGUAUCAGUAGACAAGUCAAAUCCCAGAAUGAAAUCUAACAUAGGAGAUCACACUUCUUUAAAAAAUUAACACAGUGGUCAUUCAUUCAAAUAUAGCUUCUCAGGACUGCAGAGUUUCUUUAACACAAGAACAGAAAUUUAUUACAGAAAAGAUGUAAACAAAGAAAAUGAGUUAUCUCAAUGUACAACACAGUUAGAAUUUUAAAAACCUUAACACCCAGGAAAACAGAAGUUUCAAUCUAUUCUCCAUCACUUUACAGCAAUUCAAACCUAGAUCAAUAUUAAUAUCUUUAAUUUAGUGUAACUUAAUUUCCUGGUGUUUUUCUGUGAACUGUGAAGUUAUCUUACAUGAAUUCUCUCAAAAUUGAGGGCUUAGAUUUCCUCAAAUUUUAAUGGUCUGCAGAUUUCGAACCAAACACUCUUGGUCUGGAAGUACACAACCCAAACUCUUCAACUGAGGUAACUGUUGCUUUCCCUGAACUGUUCUGUACUCCUUUUCAAGGAGAGUAACUAUAUUUACCCCAAUCAGAUUUACUGUGAACUCCCAUAAAAUUUCAAUCUGAGUUUCGUAAACUAAAAUCAACCCUUCAUUAUUGAAAAUAACCUCAUGGACCUCACGGUUUACUGUCCCUGUAGUAAGCCAGUGUAAUACAUACACUUUUCUACUAACACUCUGGGGUCUCUGCUGUCUGAACAUACUGAAUUAAGUCACCAUUCUGGAAAGACUAUCUGACCUAGUUUAUUUUUAACCCCAACUUCCACAUUUUUUAAAAUGCUAACUCAACGUGAUAUAUAUAUAUUAUAUAAAUCUGAUCCCGUUCAUCACAAAUUACAAAAUUGUUCUUUAAAUAAAGCUUUCUCGCACAGGCAAUAUGUGUGAAAUUUGAUCAGAAAUUAAAGUCACAGACUUUGCUUGUUUAGCAUAUUAACUGAAACUUUUCUUUUUUACAAACUUACU